AUUCCCGUCUACAUCCGCAAACGGCCUAUCUUCCCUGACGAACUCGAGAAUGGUGAUUUUGAUGUGGUAGAGAAACUGGAGGACGGAAUUGUCACCAUUUACAAAGCGUCCAUGCAGCCCGAUAUGAGGACUAAAACGGUACAACCAUUUUCGCUGGCAUUUUCGCAUGUAUUUGAUGAAGUUGCCAGCAAUGAGGACAUCUACAAAACGGUCGUGCAUCCGUUGGUACUGGAAGCCCAAGCCGGUGGCAAGUCCACCUUAUUGUGCUUUGGCCAAACAGGAUCGGGCAAAACGUACAGCAUGACUGCCAUGGAACGGUUUAUAGCAGAGGAGUUGUUCCUAUGCAAUCGUCAAGAGCCACAGUGCGACAAAGCAGAAGUAGUUUUACAGUGUUUGGAAUUAAGUGGCAAGCUAUGCCGAGAUUUGAUUGGCAAUUCGGAGGUUCGUGUUAUGGAACAAGGUGAUAAUACGGUACACUUUGUCAAUGCCGAAUCGGUGUCAGUAAGCUCGGUGGAGGAUUUGAUGCAAGCUCUAGCCCAGGCGAAAGCUCGCCGUACGACGCAGUCUACCGAACGCAACGACGUUUCGAGCCGCUCGCAUGGUGUUUGUCAAAUUUCACUCAAGACAGGAGGCCGUUUGCUGUUGGUGGAUUGUGCGGGUACCGAGCGUCGUCACGAUAGCCUUUAUCAUGAUCGUGCUCGUCAAGCCGAAAGUGCCGAAAUCAACGCAAGUUUGUACGCUCUCAAAAAAUGCCUCCGAGCCCGCGCCGCUCGAGAUGCCCACGUGUCGUACAGAUCUAGUUUACUGACUCGCGUUUUGCGCGAUACUUUGGAAAAUCCCAACUCCAAGCUGGCAAUCUUGGCGACGAUUGCGCCAAACGGAACCGAUUUCGAGCACUCGUUUGAGACGCUG